GGCGGGACUAGGCGGGCGGAAAUCCUGCCCUAGAGCCACCGGCUGCAGGAUGGCGGCGACGGUGGCGGCUUCCGCUCUCCGCGCAGGGCUGCGCGCUUGCUGGCGGCCAGGACGCCCGGCCUGCGGCCUCCGCUGGCAGAGCCAGAGCCGGGAGCCAUCUGCCUACCCUGGAGUGGUGGAGUCCUCAGAAGAAUAUGCCUUUGUGGAGCGGCUCAUCCCUCCCACCGGCAUCCCAGAGCCCCCCAGACACCAGAGCUACCCCACCCCGAGUGGCUGGCAGCCCCCUCGAGACCCCCCACCGAACCUCCCCUACUUCAUUCGUCGCUCCCGGAUGCACAACGUCCCCGUAUACACAGAGCUCACGCAUGGCAACCGAAAGAUGACUCUGAUCCGAAAGGUGGAGGGGGACAUUUGGGCCCUGCAGAAAGAUGUAGAAGAAUUCCUGACCCCUCUGCUGGGGAAGACACCUGUGACCCAGGUCAACGAGGUGACCGGGACCCUGCGGAUCAAGGGUUAUUUUGACCAACAGCUCAAGGCCUGGCUUCUGGAGAAGGGCUUCUGAAGUAGCCUCUGUGUUAGGCCCACAGUAACCCUACUGCUCCCCAUUCUUGGCUGGUAGUCUCCAAGGGGAUUCUGGGCAGGUGUUUGUCAACAUUAUUCUUUUAGGGAAAGCUAGGUGGCGCAGCGGAUAAGAGCACCAGUGCUGAGAAGUCAAAUAUGACCUCAGACACUUCCUUAGAGGUAUGACCCUGGGCAAGUCACUUAACCCCAAUUACAAAGUAUUUCGGAGAAAUUUCCCUGAAAGGAAAAAUAUUUCUCAUGUAGCCAGUGCCAAAAAAUGACAGAGGCCCUAGCUAAGGGGGUGGGUGGGGUCCUUCCCCGUUCCCUUCUAGACUAGGAAUCAACAGCAGCCUAAGACGACCAGCCGGGCACAAAGGAAGAGACAACAUCACCAGUGCCCAGGGAGAAGGGGUACCAUGUCACAACCUGGCACCAACUUUAAUGCAAGUUUUUAUUUUGGCCGUAUAUACAAUUGAGGCUAUUAAAAUUUGUACAAUAUUUACAAAUUAAAUAAUCUGAAACUGU